GGAGUACUAGCGCAUUCGGACACUGGGUAAACACUUUCCCUUCCCAGACGCGAUGUCGCCGCCGCGCUUGCUCGUUUUCCGUGUUUUACUGCUUUUAUCAGCAGUAUGUCUCUGCUGGACGGAAGACUGGGCCUUCGAAAAUGCCCCGGGCAUCGCUAUGGAGUACAAAAUCCACGUAGACGCCGGCAAAGAGGACUGCUAUUGGCAAUAUGUGCACCCCAAAGCCACCAUCUACGUGAAUAUGCAGGUUCUUAAGGGUGGUGAUGGCAUGGCAGGUAUGGCUGUGCGCAAUCCCAAGGGAGAGAUAGUUCAUCCAUAUACUUGGAAGAAGUCUGCAGAAUAUGAGGAAGUCUCACAGACUGGAGGAUAUUACAGUGUUUGCAUUGAUAAUCAGUUUUCAAGAUUUGCUGGCAAACUCAUUAAUCUCUACAUGACUACUUUUAGAUAUGAUUUAUGGGAAAGAUACACUCAAGAACUUGAGCAGAUGGAAGUCAGCGUAAACAACUUUACACACUCUAUAAAGACUGUGGAUCAGCGCAUUCAUGAUAUGCUGCUGCACCAGAGCCAGUCCCGAGCAAAGGAGGCAAGAGACUUCCAACUCCUUAUAAGCAACAACAACUAUGUUCAGUACUGGUCCGUUGCACAGUGCAUUGCCAUUAUUGGUGCGGGAGCAUUCCAGGUGUUUUACUUACGCAAGCUCUUUGAUACAAAGGUCACAACCAAGUCAGGGGGAAGAGCCUAGGGUGUCAGGGCUCUAAACAGGUGUUCGUCCUGCCAUGUGUGGGAAACACUGCAAGAUUAAAUAUUCACUGUUAUUUUUACAUAAUUUGAGUACCAGAUAGAUUGUCUGGUGAUGAUCUUUUGUUGUUGACCCAGAUAUUUUUAUUUGAUGUGUUUUAUCUUGGACAGUGUUUAUGGUACUGCUUGGUACUUAAUGUUAGUUAGGUAAUGCAGUUAAAAUUUUUUUAUUUUGUUUUAAUGGAUCAAGGUUUUGUAUUGUAUACUAACCUUAAUUUUUCCUCUAUUUAUCGGUGAUAUCUGCCCUCCAAUGCUUAUUUUAAUCUCUUGAAAGAGCUUUACUUUAUGAAUCUCAGCCAAAUGGGAUUUGCAAUUGGAUAUGUACUUACAAAUUAUGAGUCUUGUUCCAAUAGAUGGGUCCUUGCUCAGCACUAAGGUUUUUAAUUGGACAUAACCAGUUCAGUUCUUAGUAACUUUCAACUAUGAAUUUGAAUGUAAUUAUAUCAGGAAUAGUUUUCUAAUCAUCUCAGAUUUAUAAGAAUACUUUGAUAGUCAUGUAAUAUAGAAAAAAAUCUCAAGAAAUAGACAUGCAAGGCCUCAUCUCUAGUGACUGAACUAUUUUAAUUGUAGUAUGUGGUAAGUGGUGCAAUGGUCUCAUUGAAAGCAUGAUUUUUCAUGGUGUUUGUCUUGUGCAGAUGCAAUUCCUUAUUUUUUUCCGUCCUACAUUGUAGAUCUCAACUUGAUACCUGAUGUUACAUUCCAAUUCCAAGGUCACACUUGUAUUUUUUAUACAUACAAUAUCGUGUAUUGUAGGUGCUUUUAUUGUUUAUUCAUGGAAUAAAGAAUUGUAUACAA